UGGUCCUUUAUUACAGGUGUAUGGCAGCUCUAUUAUUCAAGAUGCAGGGCUGCUGUCCCAGGCAAAACUGGCUAGAGUAAUAAAUGGUGGCUUUUGGAAAUGGCCUCGCCUCCUGCUAGAUCUCCCCAACUAGUACAAAUUCAAAUGCAUUUGUUUGAUUUCUACCCAAAGGAAGGAGAGGAGGAUUCAGUAGGAUGGUUGCCUUCCUCUUCUGGCUCUUUCAGAACUGGGCAAACCUGGCACUGGUUAAGAAGCGAGCAAGAUAGGAAAAUAUGGUAUAAGCUGUUCUGGUUCUCUCAGGCUAUUCCCAAGCACAAUUUCAUAAGUUGGCUAGCUAUUCUCAAUAGAUUGAGCACAAGGACUAGGCAAAGGAAAUGGACUCCUGCUAUCCUUGAUACAUGCAUCCUAUGCAACAACAAUUCUGAAACAAAUGAGCACCUACUUUUUAAAUGCAGUUAUGCAGGAAGAGUAUGGCAGCAGCUCAGCAACAUGCUUGCCAUCCCUUUCACUGAUUCUUGGAGUGGCUAGCUAAGUUGGAUGGGGAAAAAGGUUAGAAGAAAAUCCUUAUACUGUGUUUUAAUCAAGUUAGCAUGGAAUGCUGCAGUUUACCAUAUCUGGAUGGAGAGGAACAAGAGAAUUCACCAGAAAAUUUUUAAGAAUUACAGUGCUAUUGUACAUGAAAUCAAAUCUGAUGUCAGGU